AUGUCGUCCAACUACUCUCUGCAGAUCCUUUUCUUCGGCUGCCGCUAUUGGGAUGAACCAGAGGACAAAUGGAAGGGAGAUGGCUGCAAGGUUUCUGAGUACUCCACAUCCCAGGCGACUAUAUGCCUCUGUACCCACCUGACGUCCUUCGGCGCGGAGUUGUUUACUCCAACAAACAUGAUUGACUUCCGGACGGUCUUCAGUAAAAACAUCGGGGAGAACCCGUACGUUCUGUGCACCAUCGUGGUACUGGUGGUGAUCUAUCUGGGUAUGGCAAUCCUGGCCAGGAGGGCUGAUCUAAAGGACGUUGUGAAGUGGAGUGUCACUGCUCUGUCAGAUAAUCGGCUGAUUGACUCCUAUCACUACGAAGUGACGGUGUAUACAGGGCUGAGGAAGGGUGCCGGCACGAAGUCAAACGUCUUCUUCAUUCUGCACGGAGAUAACGGCAAAAGUCGGACCCGACGUCUGGCUGGCAAAGGAAAGGAGUUCAGCCGUGGCAGUGUGAACCAGUUCCUGAUGAGUGAGAUGAGGGAUCUAGGCGGCCUGACGUCCCUGCAGAUCUGGCACGACAACGGGGAGCAGGGCAUGGACGGGUCCUGGUACCUCAACAGAGUACAAGUGCGAGAUCUGCAAACAAAUGAAAGGUCCUACUUCAUCUGCGAUGACUGGCUGGCUGUGAACCUGGGAGACGGCCAGAUCAAACGGACUCUGCCUGUCGCAACGGAGAAAGAAAUGGUGCAGUUUGACCAACUGUUCCUCUCUACCGUGAAGAAGGACUUCAGUGACGGCCACCUGUGGUUCUCUGUGUUCUCCCGUCCGACCAGAAGUAACUUCACCCGGGUUCAGCGUGUCACGUGCUGCCUGUCUCUCCUCUUCUGCACCAUGGUGUCAAACGCCAUGUGGUACGAGACAGAGAAGAAUGUGAAGACUGUCCACGCCAUCACUAUCGGGUCACUGACCUUCACCUGGCACCAGCUGUACGUCAGUAUCAUGAGCACCCUCGUCAUCUUCCCGGUUAACAUCGGGCUCGUCACACUCUUCAGGAAAAUCCGUCCGAAAGAAUCGGCCCUCUAUGACGAACUAGACUCCAGUAAGGGGAAGAACAGCAGUGCACCAACGCUCGAUGGCCAUGGCAGUGUUAGCAACAUAGACAUCGAAUCUGCAACGAGCGACCAUGCCGAAGAAGCUCCUGCUAAGAAACCGUUCCUGUUCCCUCCCUGGAUGGUGUACGUGGCGUGGUGCGUCGCCUUCCUGGUCACCUUCACGUCAGCGUUCUUCAGCGUACUGUACAGUCUGGAGUGGGGACCCAAGAAGUCCGUCGACUGGCUGACCUCGAUGUUCUUGUCGUUUUCACUGUCUCUCUUAGUGGUGGAUCCAAUCAAGGUGCUGGCAAUCGCCGCCGUUCUGUCCUGUGUGCUUAAGAAGCCAGGUGAUGACAGCAUCGACUCUAGUGACGCCAAGGCAAAGACUUUAGAUCAGGAUGAUGAAUGGAUCUAUGAGAUUCCACCCGAUGACAGCGAUAACGGAAUGGUUUUUUGUUUGUUUAACACAGAAUAUGAGGAAGAAAAGGUUAACGAGCCUGAUCCGGAGAAAUUAGCGAGAGCAAGAGAACUCCUCGCCACAGAAGCGAAGAUGUCCGACCUGCUUCGGGAAAUCGCCCGAUAUUUCCUGUUGGUCCUGGUGCUGAUGUUCAUCGCCUACAAUAACAGGGAUCCAAACGCCUACUAUGUCAUGAAGACGUUUCAAGACACUUUCGUGAACGUCGAGCUUUCUUUGGAACAGGUUCGAACCCCCGAUGAUUUCUGGACAUGGGCGAACAACACUCUUAUCCCGGGCAUCUACACCGGGUCAUGGUACAACGACAAACCUACCACCAUACGGGAACAGAAGUUUUUGUCCGACAAGCUGUCCUUCCGUGUGGGACCUGCCAGGCUGAGACAGCUACGAGUUCCACCAAACUCCUGCAAGGUUGUGGAGGCCAUGUUGGGAAUCGCUGAAGGUUGCAAUGCCGAGUAUCAGCAGAAUAACGAGGAACAGAGAACGUUCUUACCCGGCUGGAAGUAUCACCCUAAUGCCUCUUACCUCACAGAGGGGAACUACUGGCGAUACCAAACAGCGAGUGAACUCGGGUCCUUCUCCUACUUAGGAAGGUUGUACAGAUACAGGUACGUGGGAGCUUGCAGAAGUGUGUUAACGAAUUGUUUAAUGUACGUAUACGCAAUGUCAUUACAGGAGACCAAGAAGUUGAAGCAGCAGCGCUGUUCGUACUUCAGCGAUCCCUGGAACGUGCUGGAACUUUUCAUUAUCGUCGCGUCACUGAUUGGAAUCACUCUGUACAUCGUGAAGGCGGUCUACACAAGUUCAACUCUAUCUGCUCUAAAGGAAGAGGGAGAUAAGUUUGUGAGCUUCCAGGGCGUGUCCAGGAUCUACGGCGCCUACAGCUUCGUCCUGUCCCUCGUGGUGUUCCUGUCCACGCUGAAGUUCAUGAAGAUCCUCCGCUUCAACAAGAAGAUCUCCAUGCUGUCCGCGACUGUCCGCCACAGCAGCGCCAUGAUGGUUCCCUUCGCCGUGCAGUUCAUGCUCGUCUUCUUCGCCUUCGUCCACUUCGCGCUCAUCGUGUUUGGGGAAGGCUCACUGAAAUACAACGACAUCAUCAGCGCUGCAGAGACCAUCUUCUCCAUGACCAUCGGUAAAUUUGACCACCAGGAACUGACGGACAUCCACAUGGUCCUGGGACCAGUCUUCUUCAUCACCUUCAUGCUGACCGUGUUCCUCGUCAUCAUCAACAUAUCUUUCACCAUCAUCAACGACAGUUUUGUGGAGGUGCGCAGUGACAUAUCCAAACAACCUAACGACUACGAAAUAGUAGACUUCAUGGCGAACCGAGUGAAGAAGAGCCUGAAGGCUGUAGCUGGUAUGGUGACGGGAGACGGCCAAGAGAACAGCAAUGACCCAGUGUAUAUUGAGUACACGACUGAGUGUAUCAUAGACCGUGUGGACAUGUUGUACCGGCGGGCCUCCCGUCUGUACGUACGGGACAUGCUGGACGGACAGGCGGAGUCCAUCGUGGACGAGUACAUAAGGAGCACCUGGAGGAGGCGUCUCAGCAUAGAUGACGAUUUUGACACGCCCCACUGGGACCCUGAAACUGUCAGUGUGAGCAGCUUUCACCACCAGCCUGGACCUACGACGGGCAAGUCUGAUGAAGGAUAUGUGUACGUGGACCAUUCGUAAACAUGACAACUAAUUGAAACAAGAAGAGAUUUCAGCCUUUUUGAUAAGUAUUUGGGGGUUUUGUGA